AGAGCUGGACCCUGGCCUAACAGAAGCAGUAUCUACCCUCAUCUGGGCAGCUCCUCGACUACAGUCAGAAGUAGCUGAGUUGAAAAUUGUUGCUGAUCAGCUAUGUGCCAAAUACAGCAAGGAAUAUGGCAAGUUAUGCCGAAACAACCAGAUUGGAACAGUCAAUGACAGGUUAAUGCACAAACUGAAUGUAGAAGCACCUCCUAAAAUCCUGGUGGAGAGGUACUUGAUUGAGAUUGCCAAGAACUAUAAUGUGCCCUAUGAACCAGAUUCUGUGGUAAUGGCAGAGGCUCCUGCAGGUGUAGAAGCAGAUCUGAUUGACGUAGGAUUUGUGGAUGACUUCAAGAAAGGCGGCGGCGGCGGCGGCGGUGGUGGCGGCUUCAUGGCCCCUCUACCUGGUCCUGAAGGAGCCUUGCCGAUGCCAUCUCCACUUCCUCCUUUCUCCUACCCACAUCCGAAGGGGAUGGAGAGCUUCAAUGGGCUACCCGUAGGUACCUACCAACCAUUCACUGGCCUUCACCCUCCUCCGAUUCCAGCAGCUCCUCCAACAUAUGAAUCUGUAGAUGGUGGGAAUGCUGACAAGGAAGUGCCAUCCUUACAUGUGACUGGUCCCCGGGUAACGCCGGAAGCCAAGGGGCAGCCACCAGUCCCCAUGCCCCGUUCAGGUGAUCGCUUUGUGUUGCCAGAGUUGCCAUCUGUGCCGGAUACCCUGCCUGCUGCUUCUGCUGGCACCAGCACAUCUGCAUCAGAUGAGAUUGACUUUGAUGACCUGUCCCGGAGGUUUGAGGAGUUGAAGAAGAAAACCUAAGAGCUGCAUAAUCCUGUUGCUGCAGUGGGUGCUCAUUUCCUUGUCUUCCUCUUGGCCUUUCUUCUCGCUCUACUUACACACUAAAUUGUGCUGUCUCGGAGGGUCCUUUGGAGGCCCUUUCGGUGGGAAGCAAGAAAGCUACCCCCCCCCCCCUGUGCCUCAGUCACCCCAGAUAAUCUCUUUUCUGGAGGGGGGUGACGGGAGCAGCAUCUCCUUUGGCUAGAAGACAGCACAGCAACUACAGUAGGAUGGCUCUAGACAACCUGCUGGAACGGGGGCACACUGCUUGCCUUCUGGGCAUGUAUACUGUGGGAAGGACUGCCUUAAAGCCUCUGCUUGCUUGAUGCAGUUAUGGCUUUUCUCUGGGAAAGGAGGCCAAAGCCAAGUCUAGCAUGAGGUGGGCAGAGGAGCCAGGCACAUGCCACGACUUUAGACCUGGCUCAGAGAGACUGGAAAAGAGACUUCCCUCAGCAGGGCCUGGCAGGCUGGGAAUGGGGCCAUCAUUUGACAUUUAGGUCUGCAGCUCCCAACUAGUCCAUCUUUGGCCUGUGGGACGAAGCCAUAGAUGGCAGCCCCACCACCACCACAUAGUGACAUCUGCUGCUAUGAUGCCCCGAGGAAAACACUGCUUUCUCAUGUAAUGCCUCUGUAUGUAAUAUGUCCACAUGGCUUUUCUGGGACAGUUUUGAUGGUUGAUUCCUUCUCUGUUCUGAAUAAAAAAUGUGAUCUUCACUGA